AUGAGGAAGUCCGUGCAGAGGGAUCGUGGGAGCGCUUUCUGGCUGAGACGCUAACUUCUUCUUUCCUCUGUCAGUUUUUGGGGCUCUAACAUGACUCACUCGGAGGCUGCUGUGUGUUUAAACCUGCUGCUGCUGUUUCUACGUGUUCUUGCUGAGUUCAGUCAUAAUGGACAGCAGCAGUGGCCCGUUCCCUACAGACGGUUUGAUCGUCGCCCUGAUGUGGACUCUUACUGUGAAGCCCUCUACCCGUUCUGUCCCACUGGAGACAGAGAUGGACGGAUCCCCUUGAUGAGAGACAGCGAUGUCAUCUCAGUUUAUCGACUGCAAACACCCGUGUGGGAAUUCAAGUAUGGAGAUCUGCUGGGGAAAAUUCACAUCAUGCACGAUGCCAUCGGGUUCAGCAGCUCAGGAACUGGGGCCAACUUCACUGUGGAGUGGUACGAGUUGUUUCAGCUGGGGAACUGCACCUUCCCUCACCUUAGACCUGACAUGUACGCACCUUUCUGGUGCAACCAGGGAGCUGCCUGCUUCUUUGAAGGCAUCGAUGACUUACACUGGUCCCAAAAUGGCACCUUGGAGAAAAUAGGAGAACUCACAGGAAACCAGUUCAACGACGUGGCCCAGUGGAUCCAGGACGACAACGAGACCGGGAUCUACUAUGAGACGUGGACUGUGCUCUCCGACCCCGGCCCCAACGCCACAGUGUGGUUCGAGUCUUACGACUGCUCCCAGUUCGUCCACCGCACAUUCAGGAAGCUGACCGAGCUGGGAGCCAAGCUGUCUAGCAGGUCACAAACCAACUACACCAAGCUUUACCUGUACAGCGGAGAGCCCACCUACCUCGGUAACGACAGCGCCAUCUUCGGACAGCCCGCCCUGAAGAAUCUGGCCGUGGACAUCCGUAAAUUUUACCACACGUUCAGACCGCACCAGUCGUUCACAGAGGCGGUCAUCAGUCUGCUGGAGGCGUAUGAGAAGGUGGUGUUGGACAAGAGCUUCUACCUCUACUACAACUUUGAGUACUGGCAUCUGCCCAUGAAGCCUCCAUAUGUGCGCGUUACAUAUGAAGAGGUGCCUUUACCAUAACAUAAAUAAUUAAUAAUGUUUUUGUUUAUUAAGCCAAAACCAAAGAUUUUAACAACAAGAAGCAAAGACAAACAUCAGAAGUGCACAUUUCAGAAUUUAAAACAGUGACUGAGAAGUUAUUUUUGCUUCAUGAAUGACCUUAACAAAUUAUUAAUCCAGCUUUUUUCAACCAUUUAAUGCGCAUAAAACAUUUUUUAUUUUAAAUUGUGCUGUUUACAUCCAUUUGUCAGCUUGCAGUCCUCCUCUUCCCUCCCUCUGUUGGUGCACUGCUGCAUUUGAAAGUCAAAUCUUGAGCCAACAUGUACGAGAAGUCCACUAUAUGGACCCUGUGGUGAGAUUAUUUCUAUUUAUUGAACAAAAUAGUGCUUGACAAAUUUUCAGUCAAUGCUAUAACUAAUUAAUUGACUACUCUUUUUCUCUGUAAGGAAUUUGAUCAGUCUGUAUCGACAUAGCGGGAAAUGUGUGCAAAGUUUAUUCUCUACAGAGGUUUUCACUGGAGUUGGAUUGCUAGGCAACAGCUUGAAUCCAUGUUUACUUCCUGUCAGAUGAUGUCAUUCACAAACACAGCAAAACAUUCCCACAGGAAAUACAAAGAGACCCAUUUACCAGGUUUACGAUGUCAAGUUUGGCAGGGUCUAUGUGCAUGAGAUGGGAUGAGAUGUGUUGUAAGUUUUUCUGUACCAGUUGAAGAGGUCAGAUGUUUUCCCAGCUUGUGCAGGUACUUUAAUACUGUAAACUACUCAGGUGCUGGAAGAAAAGGGAUUCUUUUAACACAAAAGAGAAAAGAAAAUACUUACUUUAUGAAUUUUUCCAUCUAUAGAAACAAACUACUCACAGUUUACAGUAGUGAAAUAAUUAUUCCCUCCAUCAUGACAACUAAAGGACAGAAAACUACAUCAGAAGUUUUUCUGGAUCUGUCUUGAGUAUUAUGAAUAUCGUAACUAUCCCAUGUCAUACUCUUAAACUAUUGCAAGUUGGGCACUUCCCAGGAGAGGUUCUGAGAUGUUUGAUAAAUACAAACACAAAGUAUUGCAAAUGCACAGGAAGUGACGCUCAUCAAUGUGACUCCAACAAGGACUGUAUGUUCUGCAUUUCUAAUAGUGGUGUUUUCAGAUUUGUUUUUACGCUUUAACUUCAAAUGUAAGCACUAAAGAUACUUUUUGAUUAGGAUUUUGCACUGAUGUGUCACAUUAAUAUAGUGUCACUUAAUCAGCUCAUCAGGUGUGGCCUUAAUGUUUAACAUUCAGAUUUGUUCAGGUUAAUUGUAUGUAUAGAUUUUUUUUCCCACUGUUAAAUAUGUCAACUUGGUUUUCAAUUUUUUUUAAUUGCAUAAUAUUUCACAGAGCCUACUUGUGCAUGUUAUUUAAUAACUGUAAUGUCUGGAGUGUUUAGAAAACAAUAAAAUGACAUGCAAAGUUUA